UCGAGCAGAUGUCCAAAAGGUUGGUCAGCAUCUUGAAGGAAGAAAGCGAGAGCUGGAAGGGUGAGGGAGGGAAUCUCAGAGCUUACGACCCAAGCAAUUGAAGGUAUGAUUGGCAAUGUCUGAGGCAGAGGAUGGCAAAAGGGUUGAUAUUUCAACUGCAGUGGCAAGCUUAUCUAUGGAAGAUGGGUUCAGUGUGCCAUCUGAAAAUGAAGCUGAUGUUCCAGCCAAUGCACCAUCUUCUCAAGUAAAUGAUUCUUUGGAGGCUGGCCCCAGUCAACUGCCAAUUGACAGUAGUAACUCAAUCCAACAAGACACUGAACACCGUUCUGAGGCUGUGACUGAACUGAAACAGAGUGAUCUAGUAGAAGAGGCUGCAGCAAAAGAUCCUCUGACAGAAGAGACAUUUAAGAGCAUAUCUGUUGAGUGUAAAGAAGCAGUAAGUCUGGAAUCAGAAUUCAGCGGACCUCAGACUUUGGAUGAACAUGCAUCAACUGAGGAAAAUGUUACUGAGGAUUCAACUUCUAAUAAAAGUAAAGCCUGGGGAACCUGGGGAACCUGGGGGAAAUCGCUGCUGUCCACAGCAACAGCAACUGUUGGUCAUGGGCUGAGCACUGUAAUGGAGAAGGCAGAAGCAUCCCUCAAAAUACACGGUAGUGCUCAAGCAUCUGAAGAGAGGAAACUGUCUGAGCCAGAUGAAGAUAUCUCAGCAUCAGAUCCACAAGAAGAAACCCAUUCUGUAGAUGCUCUGCCUUCUUCCCCCACUGCUGGAUCUCGUGGCAUGUUGUCAACAAUUUCUAAUGUUGUUCAAAGCACAGGUAAGACUGUGAUCACCGGUGGCUUGGAUGCACUAGAAUUUAUUGGCAAGAAGACCAUGAAUGUCCUUGCAGAAAGUGAUCCUGGAUUCAAAAAAACAAAGAUAUUAAUACAUCGAACUGCCACUUUGUCCCAGAUGUUAAAGGAAGCAAAAGAAAAAGAGAAACAACGACUUUCUCACCAAAUUACUGUUGAGAAGACUGCUCACUAUGGGAUGUUGUUUGAUGACUUUCAAGGUCUUUCUCAUUUGGAAGCUUUGGAAAUUCUGUCCAAUGAGAGUGAAAUAAAAGUUCAGUCUGUUUUGAUGUCCCUCACAGGAGACGAAUUGGAGACUAUGAGAAAGGACUUGAUCAGUAUUAAAGAUGUCUUCUUACUCAAAGAAUUAAAUACUGAGGAAGAGCAAGAGGAGGAAAAAGAGGAUGGUGAGGAGUUUGUCAACAUGUUAACUGAGCUACUAUUUGAAUUGCAUGUGGCUGCUACUCCAGACAAGCUCAACAAGGCAAGGAGAAAGGCUUUUGACUGGGUGAAAGAGACCAAUGCUUUGCUUGCAGAAGAAGCUGAAGAAAAGGGUUCAGAAACAAAUAAUGAAAAAAAGGAUGAAGAAGAAGAGAGAAAAAAAAAUAAAAUAUCUGUAGAGGAUGUUUUGAUGUUGUCCAUUGAGAGCCUGGCUGAAAUAACAGCACGCUGCAUUGAGCAACUCCAUAAGGUGGCUGAGUUAAUCCUUCAUGGACAGGAUGUGGAGAAACCAGCAUUGGAUCAGUCAAAAAUCCUCACUGCGUUAACUGUUGCUAUGUGUAAGGAAGUGUCCUCACUGUCUAAGAAAUUUGCUUCCUGUUUGACUCGAGCAGGGGCUAAAAGGAAGGCAGAGGUUUUAAAUCCACAGAUACAUACUAUAUUAUUGGAGGGCUCCAACAGUACUACCUACAUCAAAGGUGCAUUUCAGUUACUUCUUCCAAUUCUUCAGAUUUGCCAUAUGCAGUCCAGCACCAGCAAAGUAGCCAAAUAAACUAAGAAAUUGUGGGACUAUCUUUGCAUUCAGUAAUAUUAGAUUUUGAGUUGCAGAAUUUCGGACAGCCUGCAGCAAAGUUAACAGGAACCUAAUUCUGCAUUGAAGGGUUUAGGCUAAGGCUGCAGAAAAGUUAUUACUAGAAUUGCUGCUAAUUUUGUAAGACCAAUUGAAACACCAAUUGCCUUAGUUCUUGAAAGACCUGAGCUAACACAGUGAAAUAAAUAGUGUUCUGUGGUGUUCCAUACUUUUUUUAGAAGCAAUGAUCACUAAUAUUGCAGUUAUCAGAUUUCUUAACUCCUGUGUUUGAGACCUGGAGGUGCAGCUAAUGCAUUAAAUUUUACAAUAUUUGAAAAUCUUUUUAAUUCCAAAUUAUCUUUUAUCCAAAAUCAAAAAAAUACUAUCUGUGAUCAUAUUUAAAUCAUGGCAUCCAUUAGGGAUGGGCAAUAAAUGCUGGCCUAGCCAGCGAUGCCUACAUCCUUGGAAAGAAUUAAAAAAGUACAAGAAUUCAGCUUCUACUCACUUGGCACCAAAGCUGCACUUUUCUAUUUUAGUAACAUUAAACACUAGACAAACAUCAUCACUAAUAUUUUAUGUCCUUGCAAUAGUUUCAUCAUUAAGGUUGUAAGCAAGUAAUGUUUUGAUGCAGGAUAUGGAUGCAAGAAUAUCAUUUAUAAAAUUACAGGAAUAUCACUACAAUACUUUAGAUGCUGAUAUGAAGAAUGUGUGAAAGUUAAAUGUUACUGUAGCUUAUUUUUGAAUUUCUUGGAUUAAAAGUUUAUGCAGAAAAGAAAUUAAAACAAUUACCAUUGAUAUAAUACAUACUGAACUGAAGUGGGCAAAAAUAAAUUAAAUGAAUGCCUAUUAAAUAUAUAAGCAUUGGAUUUCUACAGGGGUUGUCCCCAUUUGUCACCUUAAGUUCAGUGUGAGACCAGCAAAACCCCAGAGAAUUGAUGUAAAAAUGAUAAUUUCUCCAAGGUCUCUGACUAUCUCACAGUGAUGUUACCAAUCCCUGUGGAAAUUCAAUCAUAUUUUUCUAAUUUGUAUACUUUAUCCAUGCAUUCUAUACUUGCCGAUUCCCCACCUUGGAAUCCAAAUUACAUUCUUCUCAAGGUUCAGAGUUUUAUGUCAUGUUUGUAAUUUAUGUAAUGAAAAAUGGGUGAAGAUCUGGGCUAAACUUUUAGUCUCUGUUGGGCUGUGAAUGGAGCAAACGGGCAUUAAAAAAGCUCUGUGGCUGGCUUGCCAGUGCCCCUGUUCCAUCCUGCCCAUGGGCUAUUUUCUCAGAGGUAGGAUGGUGGGGGCAGCGAGGAAUACCCAUUAGCAUGCAUUGAGUGGCUGAUUAAACUAAGUAGCAGCGAAUUGUAGGAGGUUGAUUUGGAUUUUCUAUUCAGCCUCCAGUUUCCCAGAGGUGACAAUUUAGCUGCCUAGCGGCAGCUUUUGACAGACUGGAAGGUCAGCACUCCAGGCAGACUUAGAGGCCCUCCCUGCCUGCUUAUGUACAGCUGCAGCCACAGACCACUGCGUUUCACCCCCCACAGUGGUGACCCAGUUGCAAAGGCCAUUUUUUCUUUCAAGUUUAAAAAGGGUUGGAGAAAGGGCCCCUCCAUUUUGGAGCACCCUCUCCCUCAUUUACUUACCAUGGCAUCUUGCUGCUGCUUUCAAGCUGGAGGCCUCUGAUUGGGGAUUCAGGCUUGAGAGCCUGCCCGUUGUCCUUAAUUGGACAGCGAGCCCGCCUUCUGACUAUUAAUUGGCUGCUCCAGGAGACAAUCACAACGAGUGACUGUUCCCACACACAGCGGGCUUCUGACCCACAUUUGAAUCUAAGUGCGGGAUUCAGAAGCCCGCAGGGAAAACCCUGCCUUUGGUAUUUUUCAUGGUAUUUUGAUUUUUAUUUUAAAUUUAACAAUAACCAAAAAAAAUUCUGGAGCUUAAUACAGCUCUAGUACAGCAGAUAAAUAAACUUUUAUCUAGAUGUUUUUGCCUAGUCAUGUUAAAUAGAUGAAAAAUCUAAUCCUUUAGCUCUAUCUUUAUAGUCAGAAAAGCUCUGCACUUGGCCCUUGCUUGAUGAAGAGAGACAGGUGCAUAUCUAUUUUUUCUGUGAGAUGCACAGCAACUAUAAAGCAAAAUCUAUGCAGAUGGGAAAACUGGGCUGACCUUGUUACUGGCCCACAUUUAAUUUUCUUAAUCUUUGCCAAAAGUUUGCAAUCAAAUUACUUUGAUGAUGUUGGCUAUUACAUUGGUUCGCAUAUUCACAAAAAUGAAGGGAAGUUUAAAUACAACACCUGAUAAUUGUUCUGAAGUAGCAGUAUCAACAAAGCAAAAUAUUCAUAAAGAAAGUUCAGGAAAUCCUUUGUAAGACUUGUAGUUCACUUUUCUAAAGAUGUUAGUGAUUCAGUUAAGCGCAACACUUAUUAAUGGCUCUGAUACUAAAAGUAGCAUAACUGAGUCAAGCAAUAAAAAGUCCCAACUUCAGUUUCUGGUCUCUUAGAGUAGGGAUGCUCCUGUUAGCCUCAGCACUCUGGGCUAAGGAAUUCAAAUCAGCCAAGGCUCCGACUUCCAAUUGUUAUUUGAUAUCUUCUGCUGGAGACUGUGAACUUUGACAAAGGCACAAUUAGGUUUGGCAGUCAUCUUCCAUGUGAGUGAAUGACCGGCAAUCACUUGCUGCCCAGGCUCACUGAUGAGAAACGGCAAUUUGAACAAGAUAGUGAGGUUAGCUUGUGCUUGUAGCACUAUAUCCAAGGAGCCUAAUUUUUUUUCAAGAGAGUUUUGUUAUAAAACAUGAAGGGUUUAUGACUCUCUUUUAGGUCUAUAUCAUUACAUAUAUUAAUACAUAUUCUUAUUGAUUUAAGUUGAUGAAUUAUUUAUUGUUUAAAUUGUACUGUCAAACUGUUUUAAUGACAAAACAGGAGUUCAGAUGAAUAUAAAUGUAAAUAUUUACAUGAUUUACAAAUGAUAUGCAUUCCAUUGCUGUUCAGUAAAUGCAAGUCCUGUUCAAGGCAACAGAAUAAAUAAUUAGGUCUUCUGAUUUUCAGGUUUUACUUUCUCUUGCAUUCAGUCAAAAACAAAGCAGAAUAACAUGCAAUCAAUGUGUCUUUUUUAGGUUAAAAUAAGAGAUUUUUUGAAAUCAGAAAACUUUGUUUAUAUGAACUUAAUUGUCAACACAAGUUUCGAUGGGACAAAUAAAUAAUUCUAAGUAAUCAAGAAAUAAAAUUCCUUGAAAUGUAUUGGCAUGUACCAUUAGCUAUCCUCAGCCACUCUUACCUGUUGAACUUUAUUCAGCAUGAUUGUGCUUUAUGUUAAUACUGUUCACCAGCACUGAGAAGAGCUGAAUUUCUCUCCGUGUCAAACUGAAAGUGACUGUAUACCAUUCCAGCCUUGAACUACUCCACUGUUGAUGUUUCUAGACAUUCUCUGGUUUAACCCUAAUUUGGAAUUUACCUUUUGAAGAGCCAGUAUCAGAUUCAAUCAGGUUUAACCUUAAAAUCAGAAGGCUAAUAAAUAAUCUGCUGGUUGAUCAGUGUUUUUAUACCAUUUGUGCAUCAUCCAAAAAGCAAAAAAGAUAUCAAGAAGAGUACGCUGUUUAAAUCUUUCUCAACAGCGCCAACAUUUCUGUGUGAAAUAAGUUAUGACUCAAUUGUUUUACUCCUUUCAGGAUUGCUCAAGAAUAAUAGUCUUGAAAUUACUGUUGUUGACAUUGGCAAUUGUCUGCUUUUUAAAAAGGUAUGCACAAAUCAAUUUUAGGAUAAACAGGUUAGUUAAAAUAAUGGACAAAGGAACAGCGUACAACCCAAAUGUUUGGCCGCUGGUAUCAUUAACACUAAUUCUAAGGUGAUAAUUCAGAGGUUUACAAAGUUUUUUUUCUCUGUAUAUCAGAGUAUAGUUCUCAUGUUAAGGCCAUUGUUUUGGAUUUUAUUUGAGGCAAUAGUUAAAACGUUUAAAAAAAAAGCAUUCAAUUGUUUUUUAAUGUUUGGGCUUGAAGCACUCUACCUGAAAUGAUAAUUGAACCAGCAAAUGGAAUUAUUUUAUUAUGGUAAAUUUAGAUUUAACAUUUAAUCUGUUCAGUAGAUUCUUCCUCCAUUUUUCUUAUCAAUCAUUCUGUCUUGAAUAAACGUUACAUCGGUGAAAA